AUGGGUUCCAAGGGCACCAACGGCACCAACGGCGCCGCUGCGGCGACCCACCGCUUCGACCCCAACUUCACCCAGAAUGUCAUCAACGCCACCGGUCCCAAGGCCUCGCCGCGGAUAAGGCAGGUCAUUGGCAGCGCCAUCCAACACCUCCACGAUUGGGCCCGCGAGAACGAGAUCACCGUCGACGAAUGGAUGCAGGGUCUGGAGCUGAUCAACGAAGCGGGCCGCAUGUCCAACGACCGCCGCAACGAGGGCCAGCUGGUCUGCGACGUGCUCGGCCUCGAGUCCCUCGUCGACGAAAUCACAUACAAACUCGCCGCCGAGGCCAACGACGCGCCCACCGCAACCGCCAUCCUGGGCCCCUUCUACCGCAAGGACGCGCCGCAGUACCCGAUGGGCGGCAACAUCGUGCAGGGCAAGGAGGGCGAGCAGGGCGACCGCACGUGGAUGCACGGCCGCGUGCUCGACUUCGCCACGGGCAAGCCCAUCGCCAACGCCGAGCUCGACGUCUGGCACACGGCCCCAAACGGCCUCUACGAGCAGCAGGACCCCGACCAGCCCGACUUCAACCUGCGCGGCCGCUUCACCACGGGGCCCGACGGCGAGUACGACUUCUACUGCCUGCGCCCCGUCAGCUACCCCAUUCCGUACGACGGCCCCGCCGGCACCCUGCUGCAGCUGCUGGAUAGGCACCCGAUGAGGCCGGCGCACAUCCACUUUUUGGUGUCGGCGCCCGGAUACAAGCCCAUUGUGACGCAGGUGUUUGACAGGAACGACAAGCACCUCGAGGAUGACUCGGUGUUUGCUGUCAAGGAGUCGUUGAUCAUCGACUUCAAGCCGAAGAAGGGCGACCCCAAGGCCGACUAUGAGGUGACGUAUGACUUCAGGCUGGCCAGCUUCGAGGCUCAGAAGCAGUAG